GUGGCAAAGACAGGCUGAACCAGCCAGCUCCUGUCAGUACUGUGUCUGCUGUGGAGGUGUACAUAUCAGGCUCCCCUGGACGAAGUUAUAAUCAAGAUCCAGACUUAAUGUACUUCUGAAAUGAGACAGUUGCUGCGGUUCAAUCAAAAUAUGGAACUUGAUUUUGGACAUUUUGAUGAAAGAGACAAAGCAUCUAGGAAUAUGAGAGGGACACGGAUGAAUGGGCUUCCAAGUCCCACUCAUAGUGCCCACUGUAGCUUCUACAGAACCAGAACCUUGCAGGCACUAAGUAACGAGAAGAAGGCCAAGAAGGUACGUUUCUACCGCAAUGGGGACCGCUACUUCAAGGGGAUUGUGUACGCUGUGUCUUCUGACCGUUUUCGUAGUUUUGAUGCAUUGCUGGCUGACCUGACUCGAUCCUUGUCCGACAACAUCAACCUGCCUCAGGGAGUGCGCUAUAUUUACACCAUCGAUGGAUCCAGGAAAAUUGGAAGCAUGGAUGAACUGGAAGAAGGGGAAAGCUAUGUCUGUUCCUCUGAUAACUUCUUUAAAAAGGUUGAGUACACCAAGAACGUCAAUCCCAACUGGUCUGUCAACGUAAAAACAUCUGCCAACAUGAAAGCUCCCCAGUCCUUGGCUAGCAGCAACAGUGCUCAAGCCAGAGAGAACAAGGACUUUGUGCGCCCCAAACUUGUGACCAUCAUUCGCAGCGGGGUCAAGCCUCGGAAGGCAGUGCGUGUGCUUCUCAACAAGAAAACAGCCCACUCUUUCGAGCAGGUCCUCACUGACAUCACAGAAGCGAUCAAGCUGGAAACUGGAGUUGUCAAAAAACUCUAUACCCUUGAUGGAAAGCAGGUCACCUGUCUCCAUGAUUUCUUUGGUGAUGAUGAUGUGUUCAUUGCUUGUGGUCCUGAAAAGUUCCGCUAUGCUCAAGAUGAUUUUUCAUUGGAUGAGAAUGAAUGCAGAGUCAUGAAAGGGAAUCCAUCUGCCACAGCUGGCCCAAAAGCUUCCCCAACACCUCAAAAGACAUCAGCUAAGAGUCCAGGCCCAAUGCGUCGCAGCAAGUCUCCAGCUGACUCAGGUAACGACCAAGACGCAAAUGGAACUUCCAGCAGUCAGCUGUCAACACCCAAAUCGAAGCAGUCUCCUAUCUCUACACCCACAAGCCCAGGAAGUCUGCGGAAGCACAAGGUAGACUUGUACCUGCCGCUGUCAUUGGAUGACUCCGAUUCACUUGGCGACUCCAUGUGAAAGAUGAUAGGCUAUAUAAAAACCUAUCAUUAUAGCAGAAUACUUUCGCUCAAGUGACCAACAAGGCUAUUGGUGCUUAAACAUUUUUGUUGUUGUUGUUGUUGCUGUUGUUUUUCAAAACACUCUGUAGUACAUAGGGUUUAUUUUCUUGUGACUUCUCCUCUGGGCCACUAAUUCACAAUUACCAAUUAUGAGAAAUAGAUUGAUAACCAUCCUUUUGAGUGACUUUCCAGAACUGCCAAAUGUGCUAGUCCAUGACCUUUCUACUGAAUGUUUAGGGGCCUUUGUAUUUCCCCCACUCAAUUUCUUCAGAUAGCAGUCUUUCUUAUGUGGAAGACUGUUUACAUACAUAUCACUUAAAAUGUUUGUGUGUGGGGGAAACAUUCAUAUGCAGAUCUGAACGAGAAAAACCUAAGUGUCCCUUGCCUCUGUAUCUUCAAAAUGCUGGAGGAUCUCAGGAGGGUGGCAAGUCAGAUCCUUGGCCUGGCUCUUUGCUCUUAAUUGAGCCUCCAGUGUAUUGUCUAGCACUAAUCCUGUCUGUCAAGGAGGAGAAACACCAGCUACUUAUAAUGUGACACCAUGUGCUUAGGGCUGUUGUAUAGGGCUAGCUGAAAGAGAUGAGGCAGAAUUGGGUGGAAAACUGCCCAAAUUUCAGUAGGAUUUAUAAAGCACAGUGGAUUCCUAGUCAACUCCUCUAUUGGGGAAAUUUGGAAUCAAUAAUUAAUUGAUGAGUUUGGGCAAGUGAUGUCACAUAUAUGGUUCCUCCAGGAGGCUUUCCAACAAAGUUAGUACAUGAACAGUAUGGUAUCCAUCUAGCUCUGUUCUAUUGAAUGCCUUGUAAACAACCAACCUUACAAACACUGUGAGAUUUUGUUUUCAGGUCUGACACCUUUUGGUCGCUUUUUAUAGCAAGAAACCAUAUCCUUUUUAUAAAAACUCAAGUCUGUAUUUCAGGAGCUAAACUCUUCAGGCUCCUUUUUUAUAAACUGGUGAUUUUUUUCCUUUGUCUAAAAAACACAAGCAGAAAAUGUACUAAAAAAAUGCAGAAGAAUACUGUAGUUUAGAGAUCAUGCUCUCACUGCCAAACAGAAAACUCCAGGAGAAAACACAAUGACUAGAGGCCAAUUCAAUAGAAUCAGUCUUUUGAUACCUUUUUAACAGUUACACUUACAGUAAUAAUUUCAAUGUGGACCAGACAUCCUAAUUAUAUUUUAAAUGAAAUGUUAUGGCAUAUUUUAAGUAACUCUUUUUUAUCGAUAAUCCUAAUAUUUCAUACUGAAGAUACAGAGACGUUUCACGUGUCUUUAACAUUAGAAAGGAUUUCUCUUUAUUACAGAUUAAUCACUUGAAAUAACUCUCAGUCUUUGAGGUUUAUAACACUGAUUUUUGUCUGUAAUCAUAGCCCAUAAUAGCCAAGACAACUAAAUUUAGGUGAAAGCCAUGCAUGCCAAGUCUGUGUUUGAUUUUAAUAGAUAGGAAGAUUUCCUUUAUUUCUUUGUAAUGGUUUGUUCAGUUAGUUUGAACGAUGCAUCGUUCAAAGCCAUGAUGUUUGGCUUCUGACUGAUAUGCAGUAGUCCCUCCAUUCUAAGUAGAAUGAGUGUGGGGUUCCUGUGUGUGUGUGUGUGUGUGUGUGUGUGUGUGUGUGUAUAGGCUGCUUCAUAAUUAGGAAAUAGUGCAGGACAACUCAACAUGGAUUGAUGGUGACUUGGUGGCAUUGCUGAUGUGCAGGGGAAAAAUAGGAUGGGAGGGUAGCUAGAGAGCCCCUUGAGAAUUUUCAGAUGUCCUUAAUUACAAGAUUACAAGAAACAUUGUUUUUCUUUGGUUCAGGAGAAGUGAGAUGAUGGGAGUCCUGGUUUCUGGUUAAACUGGCCAUUGAAGAACCCAAAAUGAUGAGGUUCUGCUCUUGCCCUUCCUUUAUUUGUAUACCCACAUGAAAUGAUUAAGAAGCCCAUUUGGCUUAGCCUCCAUUUCUUUCUAGAAGCUCAGUGUGUUCUUAGUGCCUCCCAGAACAUUUGAGUUAAUUAGGGCAAAUUCAUUAUUGGGGAUGGAUAGAAAUUAUGGUGGGAGGUCUAUUUUUAAUCUCUGGGCCAGGUCCUCCAACACACUCUAUGUCGGUCUUUCAGCAGAUUGCUUGUAGUCCCAUCUUCAUUUAAGAUGAGAACAUGAAGAUCCAGACAGCUUAAUGAGCUACUAGCAGAGAAAAUUCAAAGUUCCUCAUGCCCAGGCUUCUCAAUAGUUCUCAAAGUAUUUUCUUACUUGUGGCAUAUACACCACUAGAAAAUACUAUGAACAUAUUUUCUUUAGAAUGUUCUUGGAACGGACACUCUUCUAUAAUAACAGUGCCCUUUCUGUCCAUCUUUGAACUAACUACAAGGAAACCUUUUACAAAUAUUUUUCAUUUAUAGGCAGGCACAUAUACAUGUAAGAAAACAUUUUGUUUUUACAGCUACUUCAUGUGGCAGGGCUUGGUAUACUUCAAAACUCAAGUCUCCAAUAACUUCAUUUAAAAUUGGCUCAUAUUCAAGUAAUUUUUUUUCAGAACUGGGCUCAUCUAUCUCCCUUAUUCAUUUCCAGUUUUAUCACUUUACACCCAUUGUGUUGAGCAUGCACGGUCAGCAAGCAUUUGCCACUGCUUCCCAUAAUGUCUCCCUUUCUAUCACACACAUGCACACACACACACACACACACACACACACACACACACACACUCCAUGUUGCUUGUUCCUACCUCCUGACUUUUCUUCCCCGCAGAAAUAGAAAUAGAGGCAAAAAGGGAAAUGUAUAUAUAGGGGC